GCAAUUUAUAUUUAUUUGAACUGUACCUAGCAACAAGUUUUUUGUUUUCGCCCAAGCACAGAAUUAACUACAUUUAAGAGAUUCCUUUCAGUGUAUCCUUUAAAUUUGUGUGGUAAUUGAUGCAGAAAAAAAUGUAAAAACAUUGAAGUUAUUUACCUUACAGCCUCAAAAACGCAUGUGUCAUAAAAUUUUAGCUGUAUCAUUAGUUGUAUUCCUUUCAAGAGCUUGAAACACUCGAGCUACUCGCUUCGGUGCUUAGUCGCCCCCGAUUUGCAGGGAACAUAUGCGUGGUGCAACAAAAACUUUUCGAAAGGAAUAAGCGCGUGAAGCCCCGGAGCUGUUCCGGAGCUCCUCCUAGGUGUGAAAGGAAUACAACUAUUAGCAUAGCAGUCUACUUUACCGCACACUAUGCGGUGAAGUAACUAAUACCCCACACUUUGUAGUUUAUUUCACCGCAGACUCGCAGCCCAUGCGGUAAAGUAACUUUAUUGCAUAGUGUGCGGUAAAAUGCUACUUUUCGCACGCUCGUAGGUGAAAUUUUUGUUGCUACCCCGCACCGAUUCCAUUCUACCCCGCUAUCUUGCCGUGAUCUGCCCCAAUAAAGGAAGAGCUUGUGGCAACACUGCCUGCCCCCGGAUUCUAUUUUAUGUGUCGAGUCGGAUUGUCUCGAUAUCGAAUACGACAGCUCCGGACGUACCGUGUAAUAGGUACGGAUCGUAAAAUAGAAUCGCUAUUUUAAGAAUUCGAUACGAAUUUCGACUCGACUCGUAAAAUAGAAUCCGGCACUAUUUGACUUAUGUUUUCAAGUGGCAUCGAAAUCUCUGAAAAUUUAUCCUUCACUUCCUUCACUAUCUCUUUCUCUUUCUGCUCCAUUACUGUUUUCAGCGAUGGUCACUGCGUCACUGCUGUCGCUCAGGAUCAAAUAAGAAGAUAGGUUAGGAGCUAUUGCCGCCUAAAAUCACUUGUGUGGUUUGUUUUUUAUUUUUAUACAUUUUUAUACGGUUCGCCAAGCCAAGGUGCUAUUCCUAUUUACCUGCUCUAAAUACAUUAAUCGCUUUUAGCUAUCAAUUAUUAAUUACAGCGAGGAAGUCUAUAAUACAGAAGUAAAGGAACUAAAAGUUCAAAAUGGAUAAAUCGUUAUUGAAUUCCUCUGGGAUGGGAAUUCCAUUUUCCCCAAGACCUAGAGGAGGUACGCCUAGAGCGGCAAGGUCAAGUCGAAGGUCUAUCAGUGUAGUGGGCCCCAAUGAACAAACAUUAAACAAAACAACUUCAGUAAACGUCGUUCUUAAAUCGGCUCUUCAUAAUGUUGAACGUUUUGGUCUACCCGUACCGGUCCAUGUUGAAGAAAUUUUCAUAUACCACAACAAAAAUCCGGUUAUAACUGCUAGAGUUUCGGAAUGCGGCUACGCCUGGGUGGUUUCAGGAAGACGUCUGUUCAUCUGGCAAUAUCAAAACGUACAGACCGAUGGGUCGCCAAAAAAAAUUCCUGUCUGCUAUGAAUUGAAAUUGCCGCAAAGCGAUCUGGCCCAUCGGGCAGAAUUAGUGGCAGUAUUUAUCAGUAAAACUUCUAAUCAGCCUUCUUGUGUUGCUGUAUCACCUGAAGGUAUGGUUCGUUAUUGGCCAGAAAUAACCCAGGGUCACUGUUCAGUGGACCAACGAGUGGAUCUGAACGGUCAAGAAUGUGACAGUUUGGUUGAAGUCGGUAGUCUGGGUUGCGUCUUUGUCACAACCACUUGUACCCUUGUGUUGGUACAGUACAAACCAGGAAAUUACGAACAUCAGCUCUUCUGUCGGACUCUGAAAUCUGGAAGUGGUUGGUUGGGUGGGAUCGGUCGACGAGUUUCUUCAAUAUUUUUUGGACCCAUGAAUAGUGAUCAAGGGAGUGAUAUGAAAAUAAUACGCCUUCUUGCCAUUCCUGGUAUCCAACAAAUGUAUAGCGUCUACGUUCUGGCAGGUUUAAAUUUUCAAAAAUGGGCUCUUUCCAAUAAUGAGCCUGAGGAAUUGAAAUUCACAAUAGACUUAUCGAGGCAGAUUAAAGACGCUUUUCAACUUAACGUUUCUCUUUUGGAAGUUUGUGAUCACUCUGAUAUCGAUGCUUGGAUUUUAGAUAUCCAGCCAGAACAUGAAGGAGUUUUGAUUUUAUGCGCUGCUGUGAAUUUGCAAAUGUCUCCUCAGGUCUACUACGGAAUGGCAGUGAUACCGACGAAAAAUCCAAACCUACAAACACUAUUAAAAGACUUUAUGCUACUAAAAAUUUCAGACUUUUACAGGGACAAUAAUCCCGGAGAUGCUUUGAACUUGAGAUUUAUCAUUAGCGGCCCUAACGCUUAUAUUUAUGGCCCUCAAAAAAUUAUCACUAUUAAGCCUGAAGCAGAACCAGAUACUUUGGAGUUUUGGAAUGAUUCUGACUAUAUUUUCAGUGGAUGUAUAUUUCUGAACUUACCAAUAUUCUUUUCACGUAAACACGGCUUGGUGGCAGUAACUGGAAAUGAUAGUGACAUAAAUACAACUCUUGGCACUUCCGUCAUGUUGGAAAAAACUAUGUCCGAACAAAGUUUGGGUGUUGCAGGAAGUAACAAUUUGUCUCUGUAUCAUUUGGAUCCCCAUGAAAUUUAUGAUGCCCACAGGGACACGGCGGGCCAGUUGAAAGCAGCUUUUGUGUUUCAUGUUAAAAAUCAGUUGAGUGAAUGCUAUGACACGGUAAACAAACUAUUUCCUGCUGACUCCCCUUGUUUACCAGGCUUCAACGGUCCUUUGGACACAGCCGUAAUUAAAAUGGCUAAAGAUAUUUUAGAUGAUAUUCCUGCUGAUGAUCCCAGAUGGCUCCACAGUGAAAUCACUAAUAAAGGCCUUGGAAGCUCUCUUGCAAUGCUAGUUUUGCACCAGUUAUUAGACAAGCAAAAAGCGUACGGAUUGUAUUUGAAAUUUUUAAAAGAAUCAGGCCUUUGGACUCAAUUAUCAGGCAUAAAUCAAACCAAUACGAUUUAUCUAUUAGCAGAAUUUGGUGAAAAAAUUAUAGCCGCCAUAGUACUGAAACGACUGCCCAUUAGUGCCCUACUCGAAGAUGCUCUAGAGCGAGCAGUUAAAACUUAUCAAGCACCUUCAGACAACAAAGACCUAUCCAGGCAAGACAUUUUCUAUAGAGAAGUCACCAGGGUGCAGGAAGGUCUUACAUGGAUAGCCAAAGUUUGUGAGGAAGCUUCUCGCUCUUCUCUAACCCCAGAAGAUGUGGCUAAAACUCUACAUGAAGGCAACCAAAUUAUACUCAAAGUCAUGAAAGAAGUGAUUCAAUAUCGACAACAAAAUGCUGAGGCUUUUGAGUUGAACGAAAUUUCUAGGUCAAUGCAUUUGGAGUAUUUGCCUUGGACAGCUGCAAGUGGACCUGGGGGACUUGUAGAUGCACUCAUGUUACAACAUUCUCUGACUGCAACCUACGGUUUCAUAAUGACAGCCCAAGCUCAGCUACAAGAAGCCUUAGUGGAAGAGUUCGUCAUGUUGGCAGAUUUCAUAUUGGACGGCCAAAAAGCUCAUUUGGCCAGCGUGAAAUCUGAGCGUGAAAAAAUCUUGUUUAAACAGUAUUGUUCUGAUAGGAAUAAACUCAUUAAACCACUUAUUGAGACUGGCGUAGAUUCUUAUAAAAACGCAGCAAUGCUAGCCGAAAAAUACAUGGACUUUGAUAUUUUAAUAAGAAUAUGUGAAAAUGGAGAUAAUGAGGAUAGAUUGGACGAUUACAUGAGACGAUUCAAAGACACAGGCUUUCCGGACUUUGUCUACAAUUGGUACUUGAAAGAAGGAAAACAGGCUAAAUUAUUGAAAAGAUAUCGUAAGGUGGGCGGCAAUGUGCCAGAAGGCCAAGAAAAAUUGGGAAAGUUCCUGUCAGAUUAUCCCAAGCUAAAUUGGAUGCAACAAAUAUUCGAUAAAGAUUUUGCUUCGGCUUCGGAAACUCUAAAACAAUUAGCUGAAGAUGAAACUGAGCUUGUUACCAGGCAGAAAACCAUGCUUAGUAUUAGUAAAUUAGCAAAACUUGCUGCCCCAGCUGCCAGUGAUACAGUUGACCAAGUAGCUGACAUAAAUAAGCGCCUCGAAUUAAUAUCUCUUCAAGAAGCAGUUCCUGAUUAUGUCCUUCAACAAUACGGUUUUGAUGCCAAUAAACCCAGAGUGCUUCCAGCUCGUGAUUUAGCCGUUCUCUUCAUUUGUCCAGAAUUUGUUGAUGCCACAGAAAUUGAUUUUAAAAGAGCCUUAGAUGUGGCCUCUUUUGUCGAAGACGAGUCUGAAAAAAUUGAAUUGACUUUGAAAAUUUGGAGGACAGCUCUAUUGAGGGAUAAUUGGGAUUUUGCCAAUAUUGAUGAUCCUCUUGAAUGUAUUCAAAAUACCUUGUUUUUUAAGAUUGUUGAUCUUUUUAUUGCUUUAGGGCAAGAUGCCAGUGAUUUAUUGCCUUCUAUUAAUAUGCUGCUGGAUGAUUCUAGUUUGGAAGAAUUAAAUAAGAAUAAAAAGUUUCAGAGUCUUUUGAGGGCCGGUUAUGAACAUGUUCAUCGUACUCAGAAGAUUAAUAAUUAGGUUUUUUAAAAUAAAUAUUUUCUUUUAAUAAAAAUUUUGUUUUAUUUUAUUGUAAUUUUUUACAUUCAAAGAUACAAAAUUUGGUUUCGUUUCCAAGAUUACUGGCGUACGAUUUGCCAUUGUAAUAUAAAUCUUCAUAGCUCACUGUUUUUAAAUGGUUGAAAUUUAACUUUCUUCCAAUUCUUUGCGAUUUAAAUGUCGUCCAAAGCACAGUAACUAUUUGCGGCUUAGGCUCUAAAGGCAGAGGUGUGUUAUCUAAUGGAGUUUUCACAUUUUCACCCUAAAAGAUGACAGAACUUCAGUAAAUAGUACAAUAAGCCUGGGUUAGUUUGGGUUAGUAGAUAAAAAAAAAGCCCACUGACCUUAGAAAGCAAAUUUGCCAAAUCCAAUGAAACCUUGCAUAGCAUAUAUCCGAUACCUUUUUGAGCAUAGUCUGGUGAGACACAAAGAAAUACCAAUUCCAUCAUACAAUCGGCAUUGUAUGGAGUGAAGGGGUCUGCACCGUCUUCCAUGGUUAUUAAAUAGUUAAAAAUUUCUUUACUUUCAGGGUGUUUUGCUUUUUUGAUGAAUUCUUCAUAUAAUUGCUUUGAUGAUGUAUU